AUGGCUUCCCAGAAGGCCGAUAAAGGCUUUCAUCACACACUUCUUCCAAGUUUAAGCCUCGAAGACAUUGUCUGGGAUUUCCAAGUCCCGAAUCUUCCAUCACCAUCUACUCUGAAGAAAGCCAAUCUCAUCAAGGCAAUCGCCCUCCAAACCGACCUCAAAGAAUGCAAGCAUUCCAUGAUCCUCAAAGUUCAGCCCAACACGCCAAACCGAGCCAUAGCCGAGCACCCAACCGACCGAUUAAUGCUCUUUUCCCUCGAAGCCUUCAAACCACUCGUUUUCGGCGCCGCAGCCAAAGAAAAGCUACCAGCGCCAGAUCUUCAGCCCCGCACGCGCCAAGAGGUUUCCGACUACAGCAUCAAAUGCCUUCGUGCUGGUAUCAUUCUAAACGGCGUGCACUAUAAUUUCUAUGGGCAUAGUAAUACGCAACUCAAGUCGCGGUCAUGUUUCCUCAUGGCUGCGACAAAAGAGGACGUUUCGAGACGGAUUGAGAGCAUGGGAGAUUUUACAAAGAUGAAGACGGUGGGUAAGAAGGCCAAACGGAUUGGUCUACUCUUUUCAUCUUCUAAGACGGCCAUGAUCAUUGAUCCCGAUCGAUGCGAGGAUAUUCCAGAUGUUGAGACAGAUGAGUACGUCUUCACCGAUGGCUGUGGAUUGAUUGCGCCCAGUCUCGCACAAGAGUUGGCGCGACGAACAAGAAUUAUCUUUCGAGACAUUCGAUACAGGCCUUCGGUGUUUCAACUUCGCUAUCGUGGCUACAAGGGAGUUGUCACUGUUGAUCCCCGAAUGAAGAAGCAAAAGGCACUGCUCAAGUUUCGCAAGUCAAUGAAGAAGUUUAGCGGCGGCGAUGAUCACUCUUUUGCAGUAGUCGAACAUUCCAAGCCUUUUUCGUACGGGUUCCUCAACGACGAGAGCAUCAUUCUCCUCCAUGCGUUGGGCAUCUCCCAAGAUACCCUUCUCUUGAAGCAGCGCAAUCACUUCAACCUCUUCAACAACGCCAAGUCCGACUUUCGUGAUGCAUUCCGCUUCUUGAGCUACGUUAAUCGCCCCGAUCUCGCUGAACGCGUUCUCCUAGAAGGACUCGAGAGCGUCAAGUCCCAGAUCAACGGCCAUGUCAACGACGAAUUGAAGAAGAUGUUGAACAAGCAGGGCGGCCAAAAGUGUCGCAUCUUUGUGCAAAAGUCCCGACUCCUCUUUGGUGUAUGCGAUGCAUGGGAUGUUUUGAAGGAAGGCGAGUGUGCGGUCAAAGUAACUCUGGAGGAGAAUGGUUUGCCACAUGCUUUGAAGAACAGUGAGAUCAUUGUUAUCAGAAACCCGUGUCUUCAUCCGGGCGAUUGGCAGAAGUUCAAGGUAGUUGAGCGGCCUGAGCUGUCGCAUCUGGUGGACUGUAUCGUCUUUUCGACGCGGGGAAGAAGACCAGCUGCUGAUCUUAUGUCUGGUGGUGAUCUAGACGGUGAUACAUUCUUUGUAUCCUGGGACCCCGACCUGAUCCCCUCAACAGUCUCAGCUCCAGCUCUAUACCCUGGCGGUCGAGAACCAAUCCAGUUCCGCCCCAUUACAGACGACGACCGCCUCGUUUACUUCGCCAAGUACCAGAAUGCCUCUCUGGGUCAAGUAAAGAACCUAUAUCUCGAUUGGGCUCGAGUCUCUGGCCCCAUGAGCGCCCAGUGUCAAGAGCUCAAUCGACUCUUCUCGCAGUGUGUCGAUGGCAAUCGGAUCAAGAUCCCCGACAAAUUGCGCACUGCCCCGAAGCCACUACCUGAUGCUCCGCCAUUCAUACUCGAUGUUCUUCACGAUGACGCGAAAGAAUGGGUUCGACGACUGGGCCUGACGCAGGAUGGCGAUAUGACAGGCUAUGAUCUAGACACUAUUCAGCUCUUGUUCAGUCGUGAAGAUGUUGCGAUUGGUGAGUUUGAAAGCAUCAAAAUUGCAUAUUCAUGGUGUCUCAAAAACAAUGCAUCAUUUGAGAGCCUGCUUCAUCUUUUUGACUUCAACAUCCUCACAGCAGAUCAAAAAGCGUGGGUCCUCGCUCAUGUAUCAGGGUCUGCUACCGUGACGGGAUUAGUUCAGAAUGCGCUAUGCUCAUCUGCCAUACUUUACCCACCAGAGCUUCAACGAUUCCACCUCGAUUACCCCGGAAUUAAGUGGAAGAGAACAUACGACUCCUCGAUUGAUCGCCUUGCAACCUUCCAUGACGCAGUCUCCACGAACUUGGAGCUGUUCCAGCGCACGUUGAUCGUAUUCCAACCCGACGAGCGAUUAUCGCUUGCAAUCUACAUCCCCAAGAAGAUUGAGCGUUCACAAGAUUGCGUUAUCAACGACACUGGGCGCCUUUUCGCUUUCCCACAUUCCCAAGGACCCCAAAGACAGGCUCGCCUCUCGCUACCGACCAAGAUGCAGUACCAGCUCUACUGUGACGGCAACGUCUUUCAACUCUUCGAAAAGCAGCGUGGAAACUCAUGGGUCUUCAUUACUAGACCUGGGAACAAUGAUCAAGACUACCGCGAUGUGCAGAACAAAGGCGACAGACGCAGAAAAAGACAAGAAGUGGUUGAUCAGGGAGAACAGGCUGAAAUCAUCGCGAGCAUUGCGCUUGACAAGUUCAGUAGGGGACUUCAGACGCAUAUUGGGAGAGUGAAUAGGUCUCCUAUCACAGCUGCAGAAAUCUACGUCAUUAGCAAUCGAGACGUAGCCUCAAUGCGAAACCUGGAUCUUUGGCUGGAACAGAUCGAUACCACGGAAACAAUGCCUCUAUUCUCUGAGGAACCGAGAGAUUACUCUGUGCCCAGUCUCAGUGAUGUCUUAUCGCAUUCCGAUCCGUCAUGGCUCAUUGAGAUCGUGAGAGGCAACGACAUGUCUACUCUCGCACGACUGGUAUCAGUAGAGCAGUACCAGCAAGUAUUUCAACUGGCCCGGAAAGCUAGCGACAAACAGUUUCUCAUGCAUUGCUUUGAGCAUAUUCUGAUCAACAUGGAGAAGGCUACUGUCGACCACAAAGAUCUGCUGAACGCGAUGCUGCAAGUUCUAGCUGUUGAGCCCACUCUAGCUAUAACCUUGACACCAUUCCUGUCGUCAUCCCGUUCGGACAAGAGCCAAGACCUGGUUAUACUAUUGGAGGCAUCACUCUUGACGAUUCUACGGGCAUUCAUCUUGUCCGCCAACACCAUGGGCCAGCUCAUCUUGGAGCCAUUCAAGAGCAUCCUUUCCGCUAUCACCCCGGGUAGUUUAUCGCUGCUUGACCUCGCGAUGCUUCUGGAACUUGCAGCAUUGACGAUUCGAUCAACAGAUCUGGCGCUGGACCUCUUUCUGGUUUGUCUGCAGCCUAAUGCGUCUCGCUUCAUGGUAUGCGACCAAAAGGUAACCGACUAUUUAAUGCGAAACAUGAUCGCCAUUGCCAUGGAUCACAUUGAAGAAGCCGAAAGUGUGGCGAAGAGACUGCAGGGUCUCUAUGAACUGAGGCUAUCUCCCAAGGAUAAGAAAGGGAAUCUGGUUGAGAUCGACUUCAGAAUCGACACAACAGGAACACCGAAGAAGGGAUCUCACGUAAGGCUGAUGACGGCUUCACUGCCUUCAAAUAUGUUGGUAGGCAACAACUACUCCAUCGACGCACUCGUGACGAUGUCUGAGACGGGUCGUGCGCGCUUCGAGUGUUUCCAUCCGCUUCCACCUUAUUUCAAAGAGUGUUCAUGGAUCUUGGAAGACUGUGGCCUAUUCGUCACGUCCAAGUCCAUGAUUGACGCUCUCAAGGACUUAUGUAUCUACCAGGAAGAUUGCUGCGGUGUCGCCAGCAUCAUUUUCGGUCUUCCAUCCCCCGACAUUCCACAACCAGACCAUUCCUUCAGCAGGAAUGAGAGACUGAACGACAGCCAGAAUCAGGCUAUCAAGCUGGCGUUGAACAGCUCCCUUCUCUGUCUUUGGGGACCGCCUGGGACUGGCAAGACAGAGACUAUUGUCGAGAUGAUCUGUGCUUUGCAGACAGCUAACCCUAAAGCGCGUGUUCUCGUGACGGCGCCGACACAUAACGCAGUGGAUAAUGUGAUGAGACGGUAUAUCCAAAGUCUUCAGAAGCAGCCAUUGGCCCGGAAGAGUCAACCCGAUCUAGUGCGCAAGGUCGCAGAUGAUUUACGCAAGUAUACAUGCGACGCCAUGGCAGGGCAAGAGAUUCACAACGACUACAAGGCUAUGAAGAAGGCCGUGGAAAUGGUCAAACGAAGCGACACUAUCUUCACAACCUGCAUCGGAGCAGGCAUCGGAUUGAUUCGCUCAGAGUUCUUCGACAUCGUGAUUGUCGACGAAGCGUCUCAGCAAACAGAGCCGAGCUCAAUCGUUCCACUUGUGAAGGGCUGUUCGCAGGCGAUCCUUGUUGGAGACCAUGUACAACUACGACCGACUGUCAAUCAGACUGCAUUGGCACUAGACUUUGACGUCUCGCUCUUUGAGAGACUCUACACCGAAGCCAAAGGCUCCAAGGCUGAUGGUAGCUUGACAACGUUGAUGUUGGACACGCAGUAUCGUAUGCAUCCAAAGCUCUGCGAGUUCAGCUCGAGACAGUUCUACGAGGGAAAGCUAAAGUCUGGCAUCAGCAGCUUAGCUAGACCGCCGAUCAAGUCUGACUUCGCAUUCCCCCCAGCAAAGGUCACAAAUCAGAAGGGUGCCUCCGGGAUGGGGAUGCAAGACUACGAGCGGGCCAUCUUCAUCAACUGCGACGCAAAGGAAAUGCCAGGCCAGAAGUCAAAAGAGAACAGAGGACAAGCAGAGCUCUGCCUCCACAUCUGCAAGCUCUUAACCAACCGUCCAGAGACGGAGGCCACGACGCACUCAAUCGUGGUCUUGACGCCCUAUACUCGCCAAGCCGAAGUCCUCAAGCGGAUGCUCUCCAGUAUACCCCACAAAAUCGAGGUAUCGAGCAUCGACGGGUUUCAGGGUCGUGAGGCGGACAUCAUCGUGUUUGUGACGGUGCGGUGUAACGAGCACCGUGAGAUCGGCUUCUUGAAGGACAUGCGAAGGAUGAAUGUUGCUCUGACUCGGGCAAGAUCUGCGCUGAUCGUUAUUGGGAACCGGGUGACGUUAACCGAGGGGACGGCAGAUGAGGACAGUGCGGUUUUGUGGAGGAAGUUGCUUGGAAGCCUGACGGAGGUGAAACUAGAGGCUCCCGUCAAGGACUUGGCUAAGAAAGGCUAA